GCGAGGCGGAGCGAGCAUGGCGGGGCCCCGGGCGGCUCCGCUGCCCCUCAUCCUGCAGCUCACCAGCCUGGCCUUGGUCUCGGCGACGGGCAGAGGUGGGGCCAUCCUCAGGGAGCCCCCUGAGCUUGCUGACAUCCACGACAACGGGCAGCAGGGGCCUGUCCUCGCCUCAGCCCCUGCUGGGGCCCCCCACAAGCAGGGGCGCCCCCUGGAGGAACGGCUGGGAAGGCUGGAGGCCCAGAUGAUGGCGCUCAGAGAGCAGAACAAGGAGCUGCAGGUGAGGGUGAGGCGGCUGGAGUCCUGUGAAUGCCGCCCCGCUUCUGCCCAAUGCUGGGGACUGGGGCGGGCCUGGCCCGAGGGCGCUCGCUGGGAGCCUGACACCUGCACAGCCUGUGUCUGCCGGGACGGGGCUGUGCACUGUGAGCCCAAGCCCGACCUGCCCCAUUGCCAUGGCUGCAGCCACAACGGUCAAGCCUAUGGCAAUGGGGAGACCUUCUCCCCAGACGCCUGCACCACCUGCCACUGCUUGGGAGGGGCCGUAAACUGUACCCAGAAGCCUUGCCCAAGGGGACCCUGCCCGGAGCCGGGAGCAUGCUGUCCACACUGUGAGCCAGGCUGCCCUGGAGGCCACAGGGCUGGGGAAACGUGGCAUCCAGAGCCCUGUGUCAUCUGCACCUGCCAGGCAGGGACCGUGCGGUGCCAGGGGCCCUCAUGCUCAGAGCUCAACUGCCUGGAGAGCUAUACCCCGCCUGGGGAGUGCUGCCCCGUCUGCCGGCCAGGCUGUGAAUAUGAGGGGCAGUCCUAUGAAGAGGGGGCCAACUUCCUGUCCAGCUCCAACCCUUGUCUCCAAUGCUCCUGCCUGAGCGGCCUGGUUCGCUGUGUGCCCAUGAAGUGUCCGCCCAGCCCCUGCCCUGAGCCGGUCCCAAGGCCUGGGCGCUGCUGCCCGACCUGCCAAGGCUGCACAGAAGGUGACUCUCACUGGGAGCAUGGCCAAGAGUGGACUGCUCCUGGGGACCCGUGCCGGAUCUGCCAGUGCCUGGAGGGCCACGUUCAGUGCCGCCAGCAAGAGUGCACCAGCCUGUGCCCGUACCCUGCGCGGCCCCUGCCAGGCACCUGCUGCCCGCUGUGUGAUGGCUGUUUCCUAAACGGGCGGGAGUACCACAGCGGAGAGCCGGUGGGCUCUGGGGACCCCUGCUCACACUGCCGCUGCGCUAAUGGGAGCAUCCAGUGUGAGCCUCUGCCCUGCCCACCUGUGCCCUGCAGACACCCAGGCAGGAUCCCUGGGCAGUGCUGCCCAGUGUGUGACGGCUGUGAGUACCAGGGACACCAGUAUCAGAGUGAGGAGACCUUUAGACUCCAAGAGAGUGGGCGCUGCAUCCGCUGCUCCUGCCAGGCUGGCGAGGUCUCCUGUGAGGAGCAGGAGUGCCCAGUUGCCCCCUGCACGCUGCCUGCCUCUGGCUCCCAGCUCUGCCCAGCCUGUGUGCUCGAUGGAGAGGAGUUUGCCGAGGGGGUCCAGUGGGAGCCUGAUGGUCAGCCCUGCACGGCCUGCGCCUGUCAUGAUGGCGUGCCCAUGUGUGGGGCGGUGCUCUGCUCCCCAGCCCCCUGCCAGCACCCUACCCAGCCCCCCGGCGCCUGCUGCCCCAGCUGUGAGAGCUGCACCUACCAGGGCCAAGUGUACGCCAACGGGCAGAACUUCACAGACGCAGAUAGUCCUUGCCACACCUGCCGCUGCGAGGAGGGGACUGUGAGGUGCUCCUUGGUUGACUGCCCUCCCACAACUUGUGCCAGGCCCCAGAGUGGACCCGGCCAGUGCUGUCCCAGGUGCCCAGUCAGAUAUAUUUGCAUAUCGUUCUGUAUAAAGCAGGUUCAUGCAACAAACAUUUUGGUCUGGCAUGCGGAGACUGGUGCUGGCAUGCAAUGUGACCCGAGUCCUGCCUUGGUGGAGAGUCUGUGCCAGGACUGCAUCCUGGAGGAACGAGUAUUUGUGGAUGGCGAGAGCUUCUCCCACCCCCGAGACCCCUGCCAGGAGUGUCAAUGUCAGGAAGGCCAUGCCCGUUGCCAGCGUCGGGCCUGCCCCAGGGCCCCCUGUGCCCACCCGCUGCCUGGUCCCUGCUGCCAGAAUGACUGCAAUGGCUGUGCCUUUGGCGGGAAAGAGUACCCCAACGGAGCGGACUUCCCUCACCCCUCCGACCCCUGCCGGCAGUGUCGCUGUCUGAGCGGCAGCGUGCAGUGCCUCGCCCGCCGCUGCCCUCCGCUGCCCUGUCCCGAGCCGGUCCUGCUGCCCGGAGAGUGCUGCCCGCAGUGCCCGGCCGCCUCCUCGGGCUGCCCGCGGCCGGGCGGCGGGGUCCCGGCCCGCCACCUGGAACAUUUCUCCUUGCCCGACGACCCCUGCCGCCUCUGCCUCUGCCUCCACGGCUCCGCGUCCUGCCAGCGGCUGCCCUGCCCGCCUGCGCCCUGCGCCCACCCGCGCCAGGGGCCCUGCUGCCCCUCCUGCGCCGGCUGCCUGUACCAGGGGAAGGAGUUUGCCAGCGGGGAGCGCUUCCCUGCACCCAGUGCCGCGUGCCACCUCUGCCUCUGCUGGGAGGGCAGCGUUAGCUGCGAACCCAGGACUUGUGCACCUGCUCAGUGCCCCUUUCCUGCCAGGGGUGAUUGCUGCCCUGCCUGUGACGGUUGUGAGUAUCUAGGGGAGUCCUACCUGAGCAGCCAAGAGUUCCCGGAUCCGCGAGAGCCCUGCAAUCUGUGUACCUGCCUCGGAGGCUUCGUGACGUGUGGCCGCCGGCCCUGCGAGCCCCCAGGCUGCAGCCUCCCGCUCACCCCGGCUGGACACUGCUGCCCGACCUGCCAGGGAUGCCUCUAUCAUGGGGUCACUGCAGCCCCCGGAGAGACCCUUCCUGACCCGCUUGACCCCGGCUGCUCCCUCUGCACCUGCCAGGAAGGUUCCAUGCACUGCCAGAAGAAGCCAUGUCCUCCAGCUCUCUGCCCCCAUCCCUCUCCAGGACCCUGCUUCUGUCCUGUUUGCCACAGCUGCCUCUCCCAGGGCCAGGAGCACCAGGACGGGGAAGAGUUUGAGGGGCCCCCAGGCAGCUGUGAGUGGUGUCGUUGUCAGGCCGGCCAGGUCAGCUGUGUGCGGCUGCCAUGCCCUCCUCUGUCCUGCCCGCUCCAGGUCACAGAGCAGGCCAGUUGCUGCCCUCGCUGCAGAGGCUGCCUGGCUGAUGGGGAGGAGCACCCUGAAGGCAGUAGCUGGGUGCACCCUCAAAGCCCCUGCUCCUCCUGCAUGUGUCAUGAGGGCAUCGUGACCUGUGCUCACGUCCAGUGUGUCAUCUCCUGUGCCCGGCCCCACCAAGGGCUCAACGACUGCUGCCCUCGAUGCUCUGACUGUGAGCAUGAGGGUCACAAGUAUGAACCAGGGGAGAGCUUCCAGCCUGGGGCAGACCCGUGUGAAGUGUGCAUCUGUGAGCUGCAGCCUGAGGGACCCCCUAGCAUUCAGUGUCACCGGCGGCAGUGUCCCAGCCUGGUGGGCUGUCCCACCAGCCAACUCCUGCCCCCUGGGCCCCAGCACUGCUGUCCCACCUGUGCCCAGGCGCUGAGUAACUGCACAGAAGGCCUGCUGGGCUCCGAGCUGGCCCCACCUGACCCUUGCUACACCUGCCGGUGCCAGGACCUGACAUGGCUCUGCAUUCACCGGGCCUGUCCUGAGCUCAGCUGUCCCCCAUCAGAGCGCCAUACCCCGCCUGGGAGCUGCUGCCCCGUGUGCCGAGAAUGCGUGGUGGAGGCCGAGGGCCGGAGCGUGGCGGAUGGAGAGAGCUGGCAGGACCCUAGCAACGCUUGCGUUACUUGCACCUGCCAUCGGGGCCACGUGCAGUGCGACCUGGAGGAGUGCCCCGCCCUCUCCUGCCCCCACGGCUGGGCGAAGGUGCGAGAGGCCGGCCGCUGCUGUGAGCGAUGCCAAGCCCCCGCCCAGUCGUGCGCACACCAGGGCCGGGCGGUGGCCUCCGGGGAGCGCUGGGCCGUGGACGUUUGCACCACCUGCUCCUGCGUGGCCGGCACGGUGCGCUGCCAGAGCCAGCGCUGCCCGCCGCUCUCCUGUGGCCCCGACGAGGCCCCCGCCCUGAGUCCCGGCAGCUGCUGCCCCCGCUGCCUGCCUCGACCCGCCUCCUGCACGGCCUUCGGAGACCCUCAUUACCGCACCUUCGACGGCCGCCUGCUGCACUUCCAAGGCAGCUGCAGCUAUGUGCUGGCCAAGGACUGCCGCGGAGCGGACUUCAGCGUGCACGUGACCAACGAUAACCGGGGCCGGAGGGGUGUGGCCUGGACCCAGGAGGUGGCGGUGCUGCUCGGAGACGUGGUCGUGCGGCUGCUGCAGGGCAGAGCGGUCACGGUGGACGGGCGCCCGGUGGCCUUGCCCUUCCUACAGGAGCCGCUGCUGUACGUGGAGCUGCAGAGACGCACGGUGAUCCUGCACGCCCAGGCAGGGCUCCAGGUGCUGUGGGAUGGGCAGUCUCAGGUGGAGGUGAGCGUGCCUGGCUCCUACCGGGGCCAGAUGUGUGGGCUCUGUGGGAACUUCAAUGGCUUUGCCCAGGAUGAUCUGCAGGGCCCUGAGGGGUUGCUCCUGCCCACAGAGGCUGCCUUUGGGAACAGCUGGCAGGUCCCAGAAGGGCCGGGACCUAGCCGGCCAUGUUCCAAGGGCCGCGAGGUGGAUCCGUGCAGGGCAGCAGGUUACCGAGCCAGGCGUGAGGCCAAUGCCCGGUGUGGGGUGCUGACGUCUUCCUCAUUCGCCCGCUGCCAUGCUGUGGUGCCGCCGGAGCCCUUCUUUGCCGCCUGCGUGUAUGACCUAUGUGCCUGUGGCCCCGGCUCCUUGGCUGAUGCCUGCCUCUGUGACGCCCUGGAGGCCUAUGCCAGCCACUGCCGCCGGGCGGGGGUGACGCCUGCCUGGCGGGGGCCCACACUCUGCGUCGUGGGCUGUGCCCUGGACCGUGGCUUCGUAUUCGAUGAGUGUGGCCCGCCCUGUCCCCGCACCUGCUUCAACCAGCACGUCCCCCCAGGGGAGCUGGCAGCCCGCUGUGUGAGGCCCUGCGUUCCUGGCUGCCAGUGCCCUGCAGGCCUGGUGGAGCAUGAGGCCCACUGUGUCUCACCCGAGGCCUGCCCCCCCAUCCAACUCACUGGGGACCAGCCCCCCAGGCCUCUGCCCAGCCCCAGCCAGUAGCCUCAGGGGGCACCCGGAGCCAGGAUGACACCAGGACUCAUCGGGUCAAAAGCCUCCCCUUGGAGAACGGCUCCCGCCGUGGCCAGAGCGUGGAAAGAGUACCCUACCCAGGCACCGGGAGCCUGGGCCUAUGUCCCACAAAGACCUCACUGUGUUCAGUCAGAAGCAGUAAAACUGGGGGCUCUCC